AUGUUGUUCAAAUCGCUUCUCAUUGCCGGCACGGCGUCUGCUUCUUGCCUUCAUGGUCUCUAUAGGCGUGCAGAAGGCGAGGUCGAGAUCCCCAACUUCGGCUACGAAGACACCUUUGGUCCUCUCAACUGGGCUUCGCUCGCUCCCGAGAACGAGGCUUGCAAAAGCGGAAAGAACCAGUCACCCAUCAACAUCGACAGCUCCGUAAGCCUGGCGACGGAGAAACCCGUCAUCGACAUUCCCCAACAGGCCGUCGAGUUCGAGAACCUCAACACCACCAUCGAGGUCGUCGUAAACGGCACCACCACCUUUGGCGGCAACCAAUUCGGUCUUGCCCAGUUCCACAUUCACACCCCAUCUGAGCACCGUAUCAACCGCGAGUACUUUCCUCUCGAGGUGCAUAUGGUGCACAAGGGCAUUGCCGACCCCACACAAAUCGUCGUGCUCGCCCUUAUGUUCGAGCUUUGUACGCAAUCCUCGGACCCGAUCAUCGCUUCCAUUGCGCCUCAUCUCGAUGCCAUCAAAGAAGCCGGGUCUAAGACCGAGAUCGAAUCCGGUGUCGACUUCAGCGGCGUCCUCUCCGUCGUACAAUCUUCAAACAUCUUUCAAUACUCCGGCUCCUUGACCACUCCUCCUUGCUCCGAGGGUGUUACCUUCCUUGCUGUCGAGACACCGCUCAAGAUCAACGUGCCCGACUACAACGCGAUUAAGAAGAUUGUCAAGUACAACUCGAGACUGAGCCAGAACAAGCUUGGUCAAGACAACAUCAUUGCUGUUGCAGCAGCGAGCGGCUAUACUGCGGGCGGGAACGAGACCGAUGCCGAGGUGGCGACGCCUGCUGCUGAAGGCCCGGCUCCUGGUUCCUCUGUGACCAUCUCGGAGAUCUCUGGCUCGCCCAUGGCUUCGCCGCUUGUGGGCGUGGUCCAGAGAGGUCUUCGCUUCAGAUACUAG